AUGGCAUCCAGACGACCAAAGCGUAAAUGCAGACUUCAGACAUCAGAAAAGUACAGCCCGUUGACUAAGGCCCUAGGCUCUGGCAGGGACCAAGAGGGUUUUGAGGUCAGAUAUAUCAAUGGAUAUAUUGGGCAUGGAGUAUUUGCUUCACAGAAAUUUAACACGGGAGAUUUCCUCCUGGAGUAUAAGGGAGACUUAGUUUCCAGAAAGGAAGGAGAAAGACGAGAGGCACAAUAUACCCCGACUAAAGGAAGUUUUCUGAUGUUCUUUUCCUACGAUGGAAAGAGACUGUGUAUGGAUGGAACAGAGGACCCGUUUGAUACAAACAUGGCAAGGAUGAUCAAUGACGAGGGAGAAAAUCCAAACUGUGUGAUGAGGGCCAUUUCAUUUCUUGGACGACCCCGUCUGUGCCUGUUUGCCCUAAAAGACAUCAAUAUUGGGGAAGAAUUAAGAUAUGAUUAUGGAGUGGAAGAUCUGCCUUGGCGAUUGGAAUCCAAGCGGAAGUCACUAAGAAGAAAUUCAUCUUUAGAUGAAUUGACCUUCUGUGGCCUAAACAAGGAAACAACAAAAAGUUGGUGGAUGUGA